GAUUUAUAAUAACAUCCAAUAUAUCAACUAUUAUUAUUAACUAUUGGCUUAAUAUUAGUAUUCAAUUUGAUACACAUAUGUGUUUGAAUAAUGAGCAACAAGGUAAUAAUAAAUCUGAUGAUGAUAAUAGGAUUAUAGUAGCACCUGAUAUAUCAACUAUUAUAACUAAUUAUUUGUUUAAUCCUAAUAUACAAUUAAAGAGUUUGAAUGAUAAGCAACAAAGUGAUAUUGAAUCUGAUUAUGAUAACCUUGAAACAAAUGAAUAUGCAAUUCAGAUUAGUGCUGUAUUUUCAAGUUGGAAAUCUUUAAAGAAUUCAUUAAAAAAUAUAAAUCUGAAAUUGGAUUUAAAUUAA